GUCGGAGGUCCUUUCUUGCGAGGGGCUGCUAAGCUGGAGAGGGAGGAGUGGAGAAGUUCCCAGGACAAAACUGGGAGAUCCGACUUUGAGCGCCGUGUGUCAGCCUGCAUGGUGGUGGCCCCCGAGGCAGCAGCGGUGGGCUUCCCCAGAGAGCCUUGCUGAGCCUGAACCAAAAAAACUUGACGCCAUGCAGAAUAACUUUACGCCUGUGACCUUGAUGGGGUUACCUGUCGAUGAACCGGAGCUGAUCUGUAAGAUUGAGCCAGGGGAAGAGCCGUGGAUCCCAAGCGAUCAGGCUUCCAGAGAGCUGCGGAUCCUGCCUGGAAACAAGUCAGGUGGUGUAACUUCAGAACCGGCCAUCGCUCCCUACAGGCAGUACCGAGGCACCACGUGGACCUACCCAGAGGUCAUUGACCUCCUGGUCAUCUGGAGGGAGCGGGAGAUCCAGCAGGAGCUUCAGAGGAGCCACAGGAAUAUCGAAACUUUUCAGGUGGUCGCCAGCAAGAUGGCCAAGAGAGGCCACAAGCGUUCCGCCUUGGAGUGCCGGUCCAAGAUCAAAACCUUGAAGAGGGACUACAGGAUCGCCAAGGCCAACAACUCCCCUGGCAAAGGGCAUUUAGCUUGGCUUUUUUAUGAUCAGCUGGACCACCUCUUAGCUAAUGAUGCCAACAUCCCGCCUCCAGACAGACUGCCCAGUCUCAGUCACCGUGGGGCAUCCCUAGCAGACACAAUUUCUCAGUGCUCCACGGAGGAGGAGCCGAUGCCGGAAGGGCCCAAGGAGUGUAGCCCGGCUAGUCGGGAGCUCUUUGCUCUGAGGACUCAGUCGCCCACCGAGAUCUCCACUAUGACAGACAUCUCUCCUGUCUUGCAUGUCAAGGAAGAAGCUCCCGAAGAAAUCCCAGUAAUGCCUCCGAUGGGCAUAGCAGAAGACGGCAGUCCAGCUCCUCUCCUGGCCUCUGCUCCUUGUGAGAAACCGGGCAGCUCCGCCUCGACGGCAGAUGGGGCCGUGACCCCCUGCCAGAGUCCCUCCCCGGGCCCUGCGAGGUCUUACGCCGCCGAGCGACUCGCCAACAUCCGGAAACGGAAGCGGAAAAACAGGCAAGACUUGGCCUUGGAAAUCACGCAGGCGGCUGACAAGCGGGUGCAAGCGGCCACCGACCGGAUCCUGACCGCCCUCGGGGAAUAUGCCAGGGCGGACUUGGAGGACCGCGAGCGGGACCGCGUGGACACUGAGCAGAUCAUUGCGCUCAUGAAUCGGCAGACGGAACUGCUGGAGUCCCUGGUGCGGAAGCAGGCGGAGGCCCAGGCCUCGGCACCCCCCGCCCUCACCCGGCACGCCCGGUUGCCACGGCUCGAGCAGCCCAGUCAUCCGGCAGAGCCUUCUCCCUUGCGGCUGGCUGUUCCCAGGCGGCCAGUGUCCAGGGCGAGGUACAGGAGGUGACUCCAGAGCUGGGCCACUUUCACGGAACGGUUUUUGUUUUUAGAGUUUCUUGGCAUGCAGGACC